UCUUCCUUUCUUUCUCUCUUAAUGUUUCUGAAUCAAAGCCAACGACACUUGAAGCAAAGAGCUCGAAAUCCUUCCCUUUCUCUCUCUGUCUCUCUCUCUCAUAUCUUUCGACAUUCCUUCUUUUUUUUGACAGCUGCCCCCUUCUUGAAAAAGCUUUUUUGAUCUUCUUUUUCUAGUGUUUUAGACUGUUUCUUUCUUCUGUGAAAACCAGAAGAAGAAGAAGCAGAAUCUUUGAUUGUCGCUUUCGUUGCUUUCUUUGAUGAAUUCAAGGCAACAAGUUUGGGACUUACCGAAAAAGAAAAGAUAGAGGGUACUCACCAAAUCAAAUUUCUUUUCCGAUCUUUUUCUCACUUUGCUCUCUCUAUCUCAUUUAAAAAACUUUCCAUUCUUUGAAGAGAGAUCUUCAAAAUUUGGUUCAUUUCUCUAAAUUUCAAUGAGAUCUUUACCCUUAUUUCUUGUAUAGAAUUGUAUCCAAAAUAUAAACUUUUGGUGCCAAAAUACUUGAGAGUCUUGUAAACGGGUCACCAUAUUUGAGCUUUGAGGCCAUAUUCUAAUGAGAACAAAAAAAUAUACAAGGUGAAAACUACAAUGUCAUGGCAACAACACCAAAACGUGGAGGUAAAAGGUAAAAGGGCAUGUAAGAUUAGGAAACGAGGUUGUUCUUCAUCUUCAUCAUCAUCUUUGAUCCAAAAAUACAGAUUCAAGCGUGCAAUUUUGGUGGGAAAAAGAGCAGGAUCAACUACCCCUGUUCCUACAUGGAAAUCAGCAUCAACCAAGUCACCUUCUUUAGCAAUGCCAUGUGCUGAAUUUCCCACCAAGGGUUCACCCAAGACUGUUAACAAAACCAAAGAAGCCUCAGUCUCUGCUAGAAAACUUGCUGCCACUUUGUGGGAGAUUAAUACAAUCCCUUCCCCACAAGCUAAGGAAGAGUUGGAGAAGAAAGAUAAGAGGAGAAGAGCGCCUAGAGUUGCAAAAAUGGCUCAUACUUUGCCACCGAAUUUGUCUGAUCCGUCUUAUAGUCCUAUUUCAGAGAAGAUGGAUCGAGUCAGAACCAAAUCUCAUAGGAGAAGAGCCUCAGUUGUUUCUCAAAAGCUUCAAGUAUCUAAUUAUAAGUUGGGGAGCUUGGGCUCUGUUGGCAAUGCUAGUGUGAUGGAGAUUGAAACUCAUUCUAGAGGUAAAAAUCAUACUGGAUGUGUAGUUGGAAUUAGAACUCGUUUAAAGGAUGUCAGUAAUGGCCUAGCCACUUCUAAAGAACUCCUAAAAGUUUUGAAUCGGAUUUGCGGUCUUGAAGAGCAACAUUCAUCAAGCAUGUCCCUUGUCUCUGCCCUACGUGUUGAGCUUGAUAGAGCUCGCAUCCAAGUUGAUCAAUUGAUCCGAGAGCAACGAUCUAAUCACAAUGAAAUUGAAUACCUCAUGAGGCAUUUUGCAGAAGAAAAGGCGGCUUGGAGGAGAAAGGAGCGUGAGAGAAUUCGUGAUGCCAUAGCAUGCAUAGCAGAAGAGCUUGAGGUAGAGAAGAAACUCAGGAGGCAAACAGAGAGAUUAAACAAGAAGCUUGGAAAAGAAUUGGCUGAUACAAAGGAAUCUCUGUCAAAGGCCACAAAAGAGCUUGAGAGUGAGAAGAGGGCAAAAGAAAUAUUGGAGCAAGUUUGUGAUGAGUUGGCAAGAGGUAUUGGGGAAGAUAGAGCCACGGUAGAAGAACUGAAAAGAGAAUCAGCUAAAGUAAGGGAAGAGGUGGAGAAGGAAAGAGAAAUGCUUCAGUUUGCUGAUGUAUUACGAGAGGAGAGAGUCCAGAUGAAGCUUUCUGAGGCUAAAUAUCAUUUCGAGGAGAAGAAUGCAGUUGUUGAAAAGCUGAGAAAUGAACUUGAGGCCUACCUAGGAACCAAAAUAAAUGAAGAAAAUGGUGAUGGUUCUCCAAAUCUGCAGAGUAUCAAAGAGCUUGAAGCUUAUUUGAAGAAUAUUGACUUUGGAUCCUGUCAAGCAGUAGAUAAAGAUGUGGAAAAAAGUGAAGUUGCGGAUGGAGAAGAGUGUGAAGCAGAUGACUCAGCUGAUAGUGAUCUUCACUCCAUUGAAUUAAAUAUGGACAACAAUGACAGGAGCUACAAGUGGAGUUAUGCUUGUGGAAAUGAUGUUGAAGGUGAAUCAAAGGGGAUUUCUGUUGAAAAAGAAAAUAAGGGGCAGAAAUCUAUCUCCGAGAAAAUUUCAUGGGGAAGUGUUUGCUUAGAAAGAGGAAGUUCAAAUUCUACAGAUUGGGAUUUUGGCCUUAAAAUCCAGGAAAAGUUAGAUGGGUUUGAGAGGGAUCAGAUAUACAAUUUUGCUUCACAAGUUCAGGCACAGGAUUAUGAAGAUGAAAUUAAAAGAUACAGAUCAGUGAAGAGUCUUAGAGAUCACAUAUUAUCAAGUAAUAAAAUUGCACCCAUCCAAAGCUUUUCCAGUCCAACCCGGCAGUGGAGUCAGUCCAUGUGCUUUCAGGAGCCUAGUAGCACAGGCUCUCCAGUGUUGAAGGGGGACGUUUUGAAGCCUAAGCUGGUUGGCACAAGAGGUGAAUGCCGAACUUCAACAAGCUAAGAGAGAAGAAACUUCUUCUGGUUACUUUUUCUUUGCUUAUCUGACUAAUGCUUUGUUGCAUUUUCUUGAAAUUCAAACAUUCUCACUGGCUAAUUUGUUUAUGUUGAUCAAUUGCCAAACUCCAAAAAGCGAGAUUGUAAAUAGACUCUUAGGCUGUAUGAAUUUGGUAUAAUUUAUGGAUACAAAUUGUGCUUUGAGUACACACAGUUUGGCAGAAUA